AUGAUUUCGUCUGUGCCUCCUCCACAACCUUCUGCAACGGUUGCUGUUGAGGAUCUCCAUCAUCAGCCUAGGACCAAAUUUACUAACCAGGGCAAUAAUGAAUUGCCUCAUCAUCAUCAUCAGCAUGAUGGUAUGGUGGAUGAUGAAGAGGAGAGUGUUAUGAUUCGUUAUCAUGAUCGUCAGAAUAAUUUUGGAAUUUCUGGUAAAUUAAUUCAUGAUCGAGAUGAUGAUCAGCAGGGUGUUGGUGGUUCCGAUCAUAUGAAGAACAAUAUCGAAUUUCAAAAUGUUGAAUUAUCUUCAAAUAAUAAUGGAAAAGUAAUAAUGGAGAGGAAGGAGAAGGAAAUAUUGAGUGAUCAUGGAAAUAGAAUUGAUAGUCAACAACAGGAAGUGGUAAAUAAUUCAUCAUUGGAACCAAAAGACAAAUAUCACAUGAUUACAAUAAUAUUCUUCAUUCAGGGAAUGGGUGAAUUAUUUCCAUGGAAUGCAAUGUUAUCAGCUGUGGAUUACUUGUUGGCUCUUUAUUCUGAACAAAAAGUCAUGUUGUGGAUGACAUCUGUAUAUAGUUUGAUUACUUUAGUGACAUUGUUGCUAUUGAUUAAGUUUGGAACUCAUAUUAGGUACAGAUAUAGGAUUUAUAUACCUUAUGUAAUAUUGAUUGGAUUAUUGAUUGCUGUUCCAUUACUUUAUGUGAUUAUUGGAAAUAGAUUGGCUGAAUUUAUUAUUCUAAUGGCGAUUGUCUCAGUAAUGGCUGUUUGCACAGGAUCUAUUCAGUCUUCAGUUUAUGGAAUUUCCAGCAAGUUACCUCAUCACUAUAUGAAUACGGUAGUGUCUGGAAGUGCUUUUGCUGGUCUAUUUAUUAGCUUAUUGAGGAUUUUAACAAAGGUUACCAUAGAGAGUGGGUAUGAGGAAGUUCCUAUUGAGAUAUUAUCAACCUCAACAAUUAUUUACUUUUCGUUUUGUGCAGCUCUCAACGUGGUUUGCAUUGCUACCUUUAUCAUUUUGGAAAGGUCACCAUUUGUUCAAUAUUAUUUGAAUCAGAAAGUGGAAGAUCAAGCUGAUGCUAAUAGAGAUCAUGCUGAAAUUACAUCAAUUAAGAACAUUUUGACAAAUAUUUUCAAGAAUGUUUGGAUUAAUUGCUUGACUAUAUUCUUGAACUUUUUCGUAUCAUUAACAAUUUUCCCAGGCCUUUCAAGUGCCAUUCCAUCCAUUUAUGUUGGAACCUCUAUGGAAACAUGGUUGCCAAUUUGGUCAAAUUUGACAUUUCAAAUCUAUGAUUUUCUUGGAAGAAUUGCAUAUUAUUGGAUUGAUAUAUUACCAUCUGGAAAAUUCAUCCCGAUUGAGUCACUUCCACCAACAACUUCCAAAUACGAAUUAUUUAAAAGAAAAUUGAGAGUUUCUACUCAAGAGAUAAUACUUCUCGUUUUGGUUUUGAUGAGAUUUAUCUUGAUACCUUUAUUUAUAUUUUGCUUGAAUCCAAUGCUUUUUAAACAUGAUGCAAUUCCAUUGAUAUUCAUGUUUGUCAUGUCAUUGUCAAAUGGUUAUUUCAACAGCAUACUCAUGUCGAGUGCUCCUAAGAAAUUUGUAAAUUUACAUGAGAAGGAAAUCACAGCAACAACAAUGACAUUCUUUUUAUUGUUGGGAAUUUCUGUGGGCUCAAAUUUUGGUCUAAUUUUAGGAUUAAUACUGCUUUAA